ACACUUAAAAACUAAUCUCAUUCACAAUAAACUAACUUAUCAAAUACCUACCAUCCUCUCACCGGUGGACUGGUUCUCAAUAAUCACACUUCCCUCCCCCAUCCCAUCCGUCCUCCCUGCGACAUCCCAUCCCCAUCGACACCCGACGACGGCGACGAAAACACUUGUCAUUUCCCAAUCCAGAUUCACCCGCAGCUGUCGCUUCGGGUGCGAGGCGGGGAGGGACCUCCAGGUUCGUUAGUUAGAGCGAAAGGGGGGUGUGGGCGCGCGGAACAUGUCGUGUAACGAGCAAGAUUGGAGAAGCAAGCAAGGUAGGGGAAAUGGAUGUGUGUGAAGGUGUGUAUGGAUGGGUGUGAUGGUGAUGUUCAAGCUUGUCCGUCCAUCUGUGUAUGUGGUCAUCUAUUUCUUUCUUUCCCAACGACGUCGUCGUCAGAGACCUGCAAAACUCACUCUUCGUGGUCAUGAUGAUGGUACUGAGGUUGUGAUGGCGGUGGCCCGCAAAGCACCCUCCAGCGAACUAUGUGUCGAGCCUCCUCGCUCGGAACUGCUGUACCACCCUUCCAUAGAUAGACUCUCACGCGCUGCCUGCCUGUCUAUCCGUCUGCUAGAGUGCGGGACGAGAGCGGAGCGAAGGGGAGGGGAGGGGAGGGACAACACACACACGCCGCGCACAUACCCAUGGGAUGAAGGUGUAACGGCGCACGCAGCUCGCUCCUCGCUGAAGACGGUGCUUGCUCGCUCGCUCGCUCGCUCGCGCGGCGCGAGGGCCCUUCGUCCAUCCGGAGGGAUGUCCACGACAGGCGCCACGGGCCCCGCUGGUGGUGGUCUGGCUCAUGUGUGA